AUGACGGCCGUCGAAUCCCUCCCCCCUUCUCUCUCUCACCCGAGUCUAGUUAAGAUGGAAGAACGCAAAAGACCCAGCCCCUAUGACCAGGUCGAAUCUGCACCUCCGCUCAAGAAGCAGGCCACUUCGGCUAAUGGCGCGUCCAAACCCCACAAGGAUGAUGACAUGCCGUGGAAGGAUGACCUUGAGAGAUUCCAAAAGGACGCGAUUUAUCGGCAGAUGCAGGAAUACCGGAGGGAGAAAAACACCCUCGAGUCACAACUAAAAGAGAUGCGGAAAAAGGCGCGAUAUCACGAUGAUCACCUGCGCAUCAUUGAUGCUUGGUUCCAACAAGUAAUUGACGAGGUAAAAGUUAUGGCCAAAGGAGAUGAUGACAUAGAUAUGGACGCUUCGUCCCUGCCUUCGUCGCUACUCUUCGCAGACCACGACCAGUUUGAAGAGCACUUACACAACCGAUCCAAUGAAAUUAAGGCUGUGAUAUCAACACUGUUCGGGCCCAGCAAGUCGCUUUCGGCCGAUGUAACAGAGUUGCAGGCGAGGAUAGCUCGACUGCUCGCCGCGGAGAAAAACCACGUGGUUGAAUUAUCAAGAUUACAAGCCGAUAAGGAGGAUCUGGAAUAUCGGCUCGAAAACGCGUCUUUACGAUACAUGAUGGCUGAGAAGAAGAUUGACAGAGCUAAAAGCGUGACGGUCGCCAAACUUGAAAAGCAGGCUUUGUUGGGUGCAACUAAACCUGCGACGGAAGAAGGAGGUCCUGUCAAGCGAGACGAAACUGCUGUCAACGGCGCAACCGACCAUUCGGAGGAGCUUGCCGACCUGGAAAAGGAACUGAACAAGACCGUAGCGACAGCCGAGAAACAGAAGGAACAGCUCGAAAGAUUGGAAGAAGAAAAUGCCAAGUUAAAUGAACAGUUGACGGAGCUGUUGACCAAGUCGAUCAUCCUCACAGACGACGAUUAUGCAAAAACGGAACUUUUCAAGCAACUAAAAUCCCAGCAUGAGGAUGUCAUCAAGCGCAUCAACAAUCUUGAAGCCACCAACACUGAAUUGAGAGAAGAAGCACAAAAACUGAGAUCGGAAAGGACCACAUUCCAGCUCCAGCUUGAAAACGAGGCGCGGGUUGCCAUAUCUGAGAGAGAGUCCUUGCUGGCUGCGUCGGAUGCCAAUCUGGCCAGGAUUCGACAUAAUCGAGAUGAGCUGCUGGCCGACCAGGCGGUUAAAAAGGCAACCCUAGAGCAAGAUCAAGAAGCCGUGAAGAAGAUCACAGAGUUGGCCUCGGCACAAGAAGAUCGGAUCAAGGCUCUAGAAUCUGAGAAGGAGCGAUUAAGUAUCCAGACGAGCGAGAUGGCCGUGGAUAACUCGGAACUAGAUGCCGUGAGUCUUGAAGAUCUGCGGACCAAGUACACCGAACUCGAAAAGAAGUAUAAUUUGUUGAACGGCGAACUGGCGUCCAUGUCCACGGCGUACCAAAAGACCACUCGGAUCGCAGCUCAGAAGGUGUCGGAAUUUGCUGCGCUGGAGGAGAAGGUAAUGCGGCUUUCGGCGGAGAAGGCUAAAGCCGAUCAGAAAUUCUUUGCUGCAAUGAAGAGCAAGGAUACUCGAGAUGGCGAAAUCCGGACCCUGCGAUUGCAGAACGCAAAGUCUGCCGAGGCCGUUUCUCAAUUGAAAGAGGCUGAACACGCAACUCGAGCGUUGCUAGCGACGAUGGAGAAGCAAUUAUCUGAAAUGAAGGAUGCGUUGACGCACAAGACAAAUGAGCACCGGACUGUCCAGCAACAGAAUGUCAAACAGGGGCUGGAAGUUUCGAGACUGAAUGGCCAAGUGACAGAGUUGAAGAAUCAGUUGACGGCCAAAGACUCCAAAUUGGCCACGACAUCCAGUCUCUGCCGGGCCGCCGAGGUGGAGGUGGAAGAGCUGAAGUCGAUGCUCAAGGAUACCAGGAGAAGUCUCGAGUCCUGGAAGAGCAAGAGCGGCCAGUCCGAGCAAUACGAGAUGCUUCGGCAAUUCGCGUACUGCAACAUCUGCAAACGCGCCUUGAAAAACACCGUCAUCAAGACGUGUGGGCACACCUUCUGCAACGAGUGUGUGGAGGAACGAUUGACGUCGAGAUCGAGAAAAUGCCCGAAUUGCGGCAAGUCGUUUGGCAGCAACGACCACAUGCGGAUCACUCUUUAA